GUAGCACAAAGGAUGUGACGCAUGAGAAAUGACGUAGGAUACAGUGUUCAAGAUGGCAACGCUGGCGUCCUUGAUGCUCAAGUCCCGAGCAGGUCUGUUGAUGCCUGGUCAAGCCUGUCUGCUGGACUCGGUGAGGUUUGCAUCCAAAAAGAGUGGUAGUACCGCCAAGAACCUCGGAGGAAAGAGCCCUGGCCGGAGAUAUGGCUACAAGAAACGCGAAGGUGACUUUGUCCAUAUCGGUAACAUCCUAGCAACCCAGAGACAGCUGAGGUACCAUCCAGGCGCACAUGUGGGGAUAGGAAACAACAAAACACUCUUUGCUCUGGAGGACGGCCAUGUCAGGUUCACUAAGGAGGUCUACAUCCCACCACCCCGCGGCUUUAAGUCCUCCCGCACUAUCCCCAAGCUGCCCAGAGGAGCUGUGCUCUACAAGACUUUCAUCAACAUCCUCCCAGUCAAACAGGAGGGCAAGUUCAAACUGGUGGACAUGGUCUAAAACAGACUGCACUGGGACGCCAUUGAUGACUGUGGUAUUAUUGCACCAGGAGGAUUUGCUUUGACUGACACUGAGUCUUGGUCUCUUCUUGGCCUCCUUUUUGAGCUACAGAAUUACGUGACUCUAAAAACAUCUUCAGUGAAAGUUUUACUCGUGUCCGAGUCCUCUGUUAAAUAAGAAAAGGUGUAACUCUUGUAUCUAAUAAUAAUGCCAUUCUUAUAUAGUUCCAUUAUCGGAAACAAUGUCAUUCAUUACAGUUGUUGUUCACUGACCUGCUUCCCUCAGUUUACCACAGGAAAUUGAGCAGCAAUAAUGAACAUGUUGUCUAUUAAAGUUUUAUAAUAAAAAGUA